AUGCGGCGGCGGUGUGUGUGGUGGUUGUUUUGGUGUUGUACAGAACUUGCGCUUGUUAAAGUGCUGCUGUACUGGUUGGUCUCCCUUGAUAAUUGUUUUAAGCGCAUGCGAUUAUAUACCAUGGUAUGUGCACUUGCACAGUUUCGAUCUUGUUAUAUUUUCUUCUUUCCCCGUUUGUCGCUGCCUUUGUGUGUGUGUGUGUGUGUGUGUGUGUGUGUGUGUGUGUGUGUGUGUGUGUGUGUGUGUGUGUGUGUGUGUGUGUGUGUGUGUGUGUGUGUGUGUGUGUGUGUAUGUUUGAGGUUAGAGGCUUAG